GUCCGCAGCGGCCACUCAGUCGUCGAGCGGAUCGCGUCGGCGCCGGUCGGCUCCGCGAUCGACCGUCGCUCUCUUAUCUGCCAGUGCUAUCGCGGCGUGGCGAGACGGAUCGCGUGGAUCGCACCACCCGCGUCGCGAGUCUCCGGGCGCUUCCGUUUCGGGAGUCGUGGUAAAUUUCGCGGCUGCGUUUGCGACGGUCACGACCGUCGAGCGGGGGACGGUGGUCGAAAAUAGCGUACAGGAACAUUAACAACAACAGAUUAUAGUGAUAAUGAGUAAAAAGUGUUAAUAUAAAGGAGAAGUUUAUUUAUUAAGAUUAUUUGAAUUUAUCGUAAACAAAAUGUAUAGGACGCAAGUGAAUCUGUGACAAUGGGGACUAAUAAACUUAGCAGUUAGUAAAAGUGGUGUCCCAUUGUAGAAUGGGUAUACUCAUGGAAACCACCGACGUGAAUCUGGGCACUGCCAGCUACCGGGGACGUCGGGCUCAGCCAGAGCUCUUCGGCGCAAUGGGGACUCCUAGCAAUUUCUUCGCGGAGACUGUUCACACCAUCGCCAUAAAUACCAGAGAGACAGAAUUCGGCAGCAUUGUGGAGCCGAUCCCGAUAACGCUCAAAACCUACAAGCAGUUUCAAGCUCAUGGGCACCAGAUCAACGGGUACGGAUACCCGCAGCAAAUGGUGACCGCCCUAGCGCCUCUGCCCUCUGCUCCACGCAUCCCCGACGUCGAGAGACCCUCUACUUCGAGCCACACCCCAAAUCCCGUGAAGGAGGAAGCGAAAGAUCCUCAAAGGAUAACAAGGCCUCCGCCUAAAAAGAAAUGGAUCAAGGAGUAUUUAGAGGAGGAGCCGAAGUCGCCGGUGUCGGUGCGGGUGGUGACAGGGCUGGCUGUGACGCCGCGCAGCAACGGCGUGGUGCGAGCGACGUCGCCGCUGCCGCCGGUGGCCGCCCCGCCCGCCGUCGCCGCCGCCGUGCCCGAGCCGGCCCCCGCGCCUCCCCCCGCACUCUUCCUCGACUUCGUACAAGAACAUUCCAGGCCGCGUACGACGAGCAACAGUCAUGGCCCCCCACAAAUCCCGUCACCCCCUUCGGUGAGCAGCAAUGGCAGCGGUAGUGGUAGCAAUGGAAGUAGUAAUGGGAGUGCGCCCAGGGCCGGCACUAGGGAAGUCCACAAUAAGCUGGAGAAGAACCGCCGAGCCCACUUGAAAGAAUGCUUCGAGCUCCUGAAGAGACAGCUCCCCGCUACACCUGAUGACAAGAAGACUUCCAACUUGUCCAUCCUCGGAUCGGCUAUUAGAUAUAUACAGGUGCUUCGUCGUAAAGAACGCGAAUGUGAGCAUGAAAUGGAGAGGCUAGCUCGUGAGAAGAUAGCGGCCCAACAGCGGCUCGCCGCGUUGAAACGCGAAGUGUCUGUGCGAGCGACUACGGUCCGCCCGCGAAGUAUCGGCGAUGGUGUUAUUGAGGAAAAAGAUCGGGAGGAUAGUGUUAACGGACAAGUUGUAGGAAUUCCUAUAAGUAUUACCUCGUCGCCGCCACGGACGGCGCGGAUGGACACCUCGCCGCCGCGCACCUUGAAUCUGAGCACCAAGCUCCGCACGCUGCCUAUACAAAUAACGCCCACUACCUCGCAGGUGGUGAGGACAUCGUACGGCGCGCGUCACAACACGCUCACUCUCACAACACUGGCACCAGCUGACCCUCCCGCACAGAACGGACAGCCAGUGGAGAACGGCGUCACCAACACCCUCAGCGCUACUACCCUGGUACAUCCAGCGCAGAUACACCUUCCGCUCUCACAGGUGGUAGGCAGCGGUGGACUAGUUGUAGGCCCAGCGGCCUUGCAGCUGCUGUCAGCGGGUGGUGGCCUGCGCGUGCUGCAGGCGCCGGUGCAUAACGGUCAGCAGACGCACUGGGUAACUACUAGCGAUAACAAUAGGAUACCUAAAGAAAAUGGCAUCGUGUCGCCCCCUCCAGCGUCUACGGAAGGCAGCGUCGUGGUGAGCGGUUUAACGCCGCUGGUUGUGUCGCAGCCGACUGGACAUCUACUGCAAACGCACACGCUUGCGCACAAGAUGGUAGAAACCCAAGUAGUGAAAGGCAGCGUAGCUCCGUUGACUGUCAGCGCGCAGUAUCUGAGCGCGACUACCAUCGUGAAACCUGUGGUGGUGGUGUCGAGUGCGCCCACGCAACCAGGGCCGCCCACGUGAGGGUUCCCGACCCGGGCCAUCACCAACUAACGCCUUAUACUCCUGGUGCCCUGGUACUUCGCUUUCUCAGUCAACGCCUUCGAUGUCGAUCGAAUGCCAACGCGCAACGGUGAUGUUCUCCGAGGGCUGCAUCUUCUAAAGCCUUAUGAACGCCUGGUAAUGUGAGGCUUGAAUAGACAAGUGGUGAAAGUUCAUGGUGACUCCCUGUUCCGGUUUUGGUUUUGUGUUAUGAUUACAGUUACACGCACAUGAGAUGGUCAUGGGAAAGCCAUCUCGUUUAUAUCUAGUUGAAAAUUGAAACCCUUGUCAAAAUGAAACUUAUCUAGAAUGUGAGCGUGUUUAUGAUGUCCGGGUAUUCUAUUUUAGUGCAAAUUACGGUCGUUCGUUUGCACUUCUAUAAUUGAAAGUAUCAGGACAUUAUAGAGCCACUUAGAUUCUAGAAAUUGCAGGAAGCGUGAUUCUAUACAGCUGUUACAAUUACGAUGUUAAUCUUGUUAUUUAUGGGUACCUGGUACCUACCUGAGUUACGACAAACGCCGAGGAAGUUACACUGAGACAAUUGUAUGCUUUUCAUAGCUGAAACGCGGUAGUCCACGAAGAGACGGUAUGUUGCCACUGCCAAAGAACAGUUCAAGCAAUAACUUGGUUAUACGUAUGAUUUAGUCGAAAUAAUUAAUUACAGGACUGAACUAACAGUAUACCUAUAAUGUGUUCAACAGAACGUUAUGUGUUUUUUGUUGGUGUCGGCAACAGAUGUUUUUAUGUUAAAAAUGAACCCUUGGGUCAUUGUCACACGACGCUGCUCAAAUGAAACCAUUGAAAUAUUGCUUUUUUAGAUAAAUUGCUUCGAUUGUUGUUGCCAAUCACCAAUUUUAGUACACUGGUUUUUUUAAUCAGUCCAUAACGAGUAAACAAAAUACGCCUUUUUAAAGUCAAUCACAAAAAUUUGUCGAAUAAAUAUGAUAUUGCAACUACAAAGAUUCGAAUAGCGUUGUGUGCGGAUGGCUAAUAACUACAUAGUUAGUGAUUUCCGUUUUAAUCAGCGUACAAUGUCACAUUGAAGCUAUACGUCUAAAAAGCAACAUUGCAAUUUGAAGUUUGCGCAUAUAAAAGUAACUGCGCAGUGUCAACAAACUGUUGUUUUAGAUUAAUUGCUUCAAUGUAGCCUUUUCAAACCUUCAGUUGUUUAGAGUAGCUUCGUGAGGGUUUCUUCAAGUCUCGCUACUCGGCCGCUCGCGAGCCGGUGACUGCAACCAUUCCUUGUGAACCAUUAGGGUGGACAGGUCAACUAUAUUGUCCCUCUCACACUUUAGCCCUUUACACGUGCAGGAAGAGAACAGCUAGAGUGCGUCAGGAACGCAUCCAACGCGUCUUAUGUUAAGACCGUGCGAAUGUAAAAAUGUAUUUAUGCAAUGGUGCUGGUUUCAGCACACACCAUGUAAUUUUAUUUUAAGUUAUACCUGUCAUUUUCUUAUCCCCCGAAAAGGAAAGGGACGGGUAAUCGACGGCCAUAAACUUUACCGAACACACGUCAAUUUUAGGCAGAAAUUUUAAUCCCUCCCAAAAUUUUAUAUUGGCCAAUAAUCCGACAGAAUGAGUUGACAGCACACGUCAAACGGGUGGCGUAUCAAGGAGAUGACUAUUUUAUUCGCCCGGGUUAUUCAUUCAUUUUAAAAUUACCAAUUGUCGAUCAUGCGUCCCUGUCCUUGUCGGCGGAUAAGAAAUUGACGGGGAUAACUUAAAAUAAAAUUGUGAGGCGUCUGCUGGAAUCGGGGCCAACACCUACUUAGUGGUCAGUUUUAUUUAAAUGCUAGUGAUAGCCGUGGUUUUCUUGUACCAUGGUGAUAGCAAAGUGACAAACAGAGGCGACGGACAUUCGUAUCAACCGGCCAACCGUUAAUAUUAUACUAUUAACUUUAUAUUUUUUUACUGUUAACGAUUCCGCAUUGUGAUUGCCUCCAUGGUAAUAUAUCAGAGUAGAUACAAAGUAUUUAUUUGUUUAUUUAUUGAAAUCUUAGUGUCAGUAAGUAUAGGGAGCAAAAAUUUUUAUAAUGGCCAGAAAUAUGAGGUAUUUGGAGCGGAUUCCUUCUGAGUAGAUGUGGCUGGUAUAUCAUUUAGCUUAGCAGAGAUAGCGUAGGCGCCCAAACUGUUAAAUGUAAGUGACUUGUACUCAAUGCACAGCCGAUAACACUUCUAAUUUACCUGUGCAAGUGUUUAUCUUGACAGGAAUACGUUUUAUGACUAUUAUUUAGUACAAGUGUUGUUGUGUGUACUUAUAUUUAUAAGUCUUCGUAGAUGUAGAUUUAGCCGUUUGGACGACUAUGCGUGUGAAACAAACCACCUACUGUGAAACGUAGAAUUAGGCUAAAGUGUACUUGUUAUGUAUAGGGAAACAGGAUGAAAGUUUAUUUUUUCUAUAAUAUCUGUGAUGUGCGCAGUUAGCUGCUGUAGAACUGGAAACUCUGUACAAAGACGUCUUUAGAUGUUGUCAAUUUCUAAACAAAGCGUGUGUUAAGUGAAGUCAAUAUGAAUGAAAGUUAGCUAUUAAAAUUAUGUGGCUUAUAAGUGUCGCAAACUUGCAAUAUUGUUGUACAUCUAUGUGAUAAAGCUGGCAUCAAGCACUAGGCGACCAGGAGCUGUAACCGAUUCUGGGACAGCCAGCUGUCUUGCUCUAGCGUGUGUACGUAAGAGCGUGCGAGUGAGAUGGGGCGAGAUGACUCCGCAAAGCGUUUUGGUUGUAUAAUGCAGGAAAGUGAAACUAAGAAGAAUGUAUGUUUCUUCAAAGCCUGGAUUCCAAAUAGCUUUGCGUGGAGAUGCUCUCCUGGUCCCCGCGCUGGCACGGGCCGAGCGGCCGUCCACACAGUGUGCCUACAUUUUACCUGUUAUAAAAAGGAAUAUUUAAAAAAAAAAUGUAAAUUCACUCGGUCAAGCUAAGAAACAAUAUUUUCGAGAAUUUUUGACGGUUCCAUGCUACAAAUAAUGCAAAUUUGUAAAUGUAUACUUUAAUGUCGCAAAUCAUUUUUUAGCUUGGCUGAAUUGAAAUUAAUUAUUAUUAAGUAGUAUAUUGAGGGUUAAGCUAUUCUGUAGCUCUCUGUUCCGCAUUGUUAAGUUUAGCUAACUUAAACGUUGAUCUUGUUAACUUAGCACUGUUGAUAACUGACCAUGAGUCGUGUCGUCUCUUUUGCUUUUGUGACAGAUGUAGGUGAUGAAAAGGGACAACGAUAUGUGGCUUGUGGUCAUCUACAAAGCAAUAUUGUGCCAACAACUGGUGUUAUCGAGUUGUCGUUGGUUUAGCAUUUAUGUAUUCCCAGUCAUGUGAAAUUUCCAAAUAUUAUUGUAUACUUUCUUUCAGUCUUGUACAGAUAGAUAUUUUGUAAUUUAUUUAGUUAUAUCGGUUUUAUUUUAUGUCAACUAGCGCUAUAGGCUGUGACUAUAUUUAUUUGUCAUCUUCAAUAGAUACUGGAUAUUUUGUAGAUUUGUCCGUUUAUUUAUGACAUUUUAGUUUUUGAUUCUACUUUUCAUCAAGUCUCUUUGGGUGUAUUUAUCGUAGUUUCCUGUAGUAACUGUUUAUUUCAAUGUUGACCUUUGCAAAUAAGCAAAAUACAAGUAAUUGUUGUGAGACAGGGCCCGCUCCAUCCUAACUUAAUUUAAUCCCUAUAGGAAGGCUUAAAAAAUAUUUUUACAAGAUAAUAGUUUUCUGAUUUUGAAUUGUGAGAACUUUGUCACUUUGCCUAAUAAAUAGGUGAAAUAAAAAAAAUGUAAAAAUAAUAUAAUAAAGAGAGAAAAUUAUUUUAAUUGUAAUAAUAUUGUGAAGCGAAAAUGCUCAUGUAAAUAUAAUGACGUAGUGUAUAAAGUUCUAAUAUGUUAGAAAAUACAGAAAAUUACAUAAAACAA